AUGCUGGCAGGUGCCCGGGGCCCCGCCCCCGAGGGGCCCAGGCGCCCCCGGGGAAGGCCCAGCUGCCCGCCGCCCCCGCGCUCAGCCAUGGACGCCGCGCCCGAGCUCCUGAGGGUCCCGCCGGCCGAGCUGCUGGACGACGUGCUGCGGGAGCAGUUCGGGCCGCUGCCCCAGCAGGCCACCAUCUGCCGGCUCAAGCGGCUGCCGUCGUCCACCCAGGACGUGCAGUUGGUGCUGGAGCGGCGGCGCGUGGCCAACGCCAAAGAGCGCGAGCGGAUAAAAAAUCUCAACCAUGGUCUGGCCAAACUGAAGGCAUUGGUGCCGUUUCUUCCCCAAAACAGGAAGCCUAGCAAAGUUGAUAUCCUCAGAGGUGCAACCGAAUACAUACAAGUUCUCACUGAUGUUUUGGAAGAAGCCAAAGACUCUGAGAAACGAGACCCAGAUCAUCAGAGCUAUAGCAGCAGUACUUCUGAGCCAAUGUUGGAAGGAGCAGCCUGCUUUUCUCCAAGUCUAGGAAGUGGAGGUUCCCUCAAGUAUGAGAAGUGA